AUUUUUGACACCGCCAAGUGUCACCAACACGACGAAACAAACGGCCUCCGUUUUAAAAAAGACGCAGAUCGUGGUGGGAAAUAAUGCCGGCAGGCUGCUUGUUCGGUAAAGCCUUUCCAAGGUUAAAAUUCAGAAGCUUAAACUCGUAUAUUGCCGGAUAAAGUAUUUUCAAAAAGUCACGUUUCGACUAGUCAUUAGUUUAGCAUAUGAAAAAAAAAAAAACGAAAAAACUAAUGGAACAACAGCAAUUCGAGUCCACACGUGCAAACGUUGCUUGCACGAAAACAUUCGAAAAAGGAGAGCUCGUCGACGGAGCCGAAAGUCGAUAUUUCGUAGUCUGUUUUUAUUUUUCCAUCACCCGAAUAAUGUGGAUUGAAAUAGCGAUUGUAAUCCUAGUGUUCGCGGUCAUACUGACAGCAAUAAUAGUACCAUGCAAGCGGCUAUUAAAACUGGAUGAAGACUACCUGCUACUCGAGCGAAGUUUCUAUAGCUUGAGGACGGUCGACUUUUACGGCGAUGACGUACCGUUUGACGAGUUCAGGCGACAUAACCUCUUAGUGGUGUUUGCAACGAGUACGAACAUGUUGAUAGACAAUAAAAAUGUCUGCAAUGACAAAUUACCGAAAAAAGGUAAGGACCCAGGUGAUAAAUGGGCAGAGAAGCUACUUUUAUUUUUCCCGUGCUCGUCCCAAUUCCACGACGACAGCCCCGGACUGCUGGAUCGCACGAAACUGGCUUUCGCUCUACGCUCCUGCGACUUCCGAAUUCGAGUGUUUAACCCCGUUGAGGUUAGAGGCGAGGACACUGACGAAGUAUGGAAAUGGCUAGACGGAAACCGUUACGAUGAGAUUAAAGAUGCGUUAGACCGUGUUGAAUUUACACUCGACAUGGCCGGAAGAAUCACGGGACGUCGUAAUGUUCGCGUUCUCCCGUAAGAUGCACCGCAGCGCUGUCAAAAAUUGAGUCUAAUACCCAUCGUUGUUCACUUGUUUUGUUUUUCCAUUUUUAUUAGUUUUCUGUGUGAAGUGAGAACUCUAAUUUUCUAAAUCCAGAUACUAAAAAUAUCCUAAUUUUCUAAAAUUUACGUGAUACGUCGACUAUGCAGCAAAAGAAAAAUUCUUUCGGAAAAUAUUCGGAUUAUACUGAAACAAGGUUGUUUAGUGACACGUACGAGAGAUGGCGGUACUAAAAUACGUGACUCCUUUUUACAUAUAUGGCGUGCGUCCGAAGAACUUACUGCGAUUGCAGCAGUACAAAUUUAACCUGUUUUUCAUUGCGGUGUACACAAACCUUGAAAAUUCAGCUAAUAAAAUGGCGACUCGUGUGUCAAAACAAUUA